UUAGGGGGUCUCUCCACCACUAAACAGAGAAAGGACAGCAGAGAGAGACAGACAGACAAAAGACAGAGGACAGACAGAAACUUUUCUAUUCCUCGUUAAAGUUUAGUCGUUUAUAUUUUCUGCUACUCCACACUUUGUCUCUCCAGCCGUCCAUCCAUCCAACAGUCUGACCACCUGUCAACCCGUCCGUCUUCUCGUCCAGCUGUCUGUCCACCUGUCCGUCUGUCUGGCCCUCCGGGCGUCCGUCAAACUGGUUGUUUCUGAUGGAACUGAAGCUCAAAUCCUGAAAACACAAGACAACAGUUCCUAUUGUUGUUGUUAUAUUAUUAUUAUUAUUAUUAUUAUUAUUAAUAAAUUAAUAAUGAUUAACACCUGUUUUUCGACUGUAAAAACAUGACGAGGAACUAAAGAGUUCUGUUUUUGAAAAUAUUUGCAAAAAUAGCCAAAAAUAUCAAAACAUCAUAGAAAUAAAGAAGAAGAAGAAGAGAAGAAGAGAAGAAGAGAAGAAGAGAAGAAGAGAUGGGCUUCGGUGAGCUGCUGGAGGAGGUGGGGGGGUUCGGCAGGUACCAGUGGCUCCAUGUGGCUCUGAUCAGUAUUCCUGGUCUGAUGAUGGCGAGUCAGAACCUGCUGAACAACUUUGUCUCAGGAAUCCCCGCCCACCACUGCAGCCUGCCGGCCAAUCACAGCCUCUACAACCUGUCUCACUACCAGGUGGAUGAGAAGCAGCUUCUCAAAGCGUUCAUUCCUCUGGACUCUUCAGGAACUAGACUGGACCGCUGCCGGAGGUAUGUGGAACCUCAGUGGCAGCUGUUAGCCGCUAACAGCUCAGCUAACGUUAGCCAGAUUCAGACGGAAGCAUGUUUGGACGGAUGGACGUUCGACAAAUCAGAGUUCCUCGCCACCACCGUCUCCGAGUGGGACCUGGUGUGUUCUCUGCGUCCUCUGAAACAGAUGAUUCAGACCAUCUAUAUGGGCGGAGUCUUAGCAGGAGCCAUCAUCUACGGCGGCCUGUCAGACAGGUUUGGGAGGCGGUCUGUCCUUAUUUGGUCGUACCUGCAGCUCGGCAUUGUGGGUUGUAGCUCCGCCCUCUCUCCUUCAUACACCGCCUACUGCGUCUUUAGGUUUCUGAGUGGGAUGGCGGUGUCCGGCAUCAUCCUGAACGGAGUCUCACUGAAGGUGGAGUGGAUCCCGACCAAAGAGAGGACGUUAGUGGGCACCCUCACCUCCUUCUUCUUCACCUUUGGUCAGAUGGUCCUGGCGGGGCUCGCCUAUUGGCUGAGAGACUGGAGGAAGCUGCAGGUGGUCGUCUGCGCCCCCAUGUUCCUCUUCUUCUCCUACAGCUGGUGGUACGCAGAGUCGGCUCGUUGGCUGGUUCUGAACCGGCGGUCUGAAGACGCGUUGAAGAGUCUUCACCGUGUCGCUCGAAUCAACGGGAAACCAGAGAUAAGCAACAAACUAACACUGGAGGUUCUGCAUUCUCACAUGAACAAGGAGAUCGAGGCGAGUCGUUCGACGCUCACGGCCUACGACCUGCUGAGGACCAGAGGGAUGAGACGCAUCUCCAUCUGUCUGGUCGCCGUCUGGUUCUCCACCAGUUUUGCAUAUUAUGGUCUGGCGAUGGACCUGCAGAAGUUCGGGGUGAGUAUCUACCAGAUGCAGAUCAUUUUUGGAGCCGUUGAUUUUCCCGCCAAAUUCUUGGCUCUGGGCAUGCUGUCCUACCUGGGGAGGAGGGUCACUCAGGCCACCUGUCUCUUCCUGUCGGCCCUCGUCAUCUUCGCCAACAUCUUCAUCCCCACAGACAUGCAGACCGCCAGGACGGUGAUGGCGUGUCUCGGUAAAGGUUUCACCUCGGCCUCCUUCACCACCGUGUACCUGUACACCGGAGAGCUCUACCCAACCGUCAUCAGACGGGGAUGGGCUUCGUGUCCACCAUGGCGAGAGUCGGCAGCAUGGCGGCCCCCGCCGUCCUCAUCCUGGACGAGGUGCUCCCUGCUCUGCCCAGCGUGGUGUACGGAGGGGCGGCAGUGUUGGCUUCCGGCUUUGCCUGCUUCCUGCCGGAGACGCUAGACGUGGAGCUGCCCGACACCAUCGAAGACGUGGAGGAGAAAUGGUCUGAAUUAUGCCCCGCCCCCAAACCGGAAGAGGGUGUGUCUUUAAAAGAGGGCGGGGUCUCAACUGAAGGCGUGGCUUUAAAAGAGCUGAAGGAAGAAGAAGGGAUCGGACUCAACGCCCUCUGACCAAUCAGACGGCUGGACUCAACAUCGACCAAUCAGACGGCUGGACUCAACAUCGACCAAUCAGACGGCUGGACUCAACAUCGACCAAUCAGACGGCUGGACUCAACAUCGACCAAUCAGACGGCUGGACUGAACAUCGACCAAUCAGACGGCUGGACUGAACAUCGACCAAUCAGACGGCUGGAGUCAUUAAUGACAAAAUAAAGUUUCAGUGUAAAAGAGUUCUGUUCCAGAAAAUGAAUUUUACUGAGAUAAAAAGAUUUAAAGUUAUUUAGAAUGAGUGAAAAUAAACAGACAGAUGUUUGAUUAUAGAUUAUUGAUUAGACCUGAGUGAUAUAAUAGUGUUAUAAUGUCAUUAAUAAUGAUAAAUCAAUAAUCAAUAACAGUGUAACACGCUAAUAAAACUGUGAUUCAUAUCA